AUGCUGCGAAUUGCGCUGAGUUGCUGCGCCGCCGCCGCCGCCGCGCAAGGGCUCGUCGCCCCCGGCGGCCUCGUGCCCGCGGGCGGCGGCGCCGGCCCGGUCGGCGGCCGGCGGCGCGGCGGCGGCUGGGGCGUCGUCGACAAGUGGCCCGCGGGCUUCUUCGUCGGCGGGAGCGGCGCGCCGGGCAUGGACGGCGUCUACGUGCGCGCGGACGGGACGGACCACGCCAUGCCGCGGCUCUGCGAGCUCACGUGGAAACACGUGGACAACGGCUGGAAAAUGGCGUCGGCGCAGGUCGACGGCUACGCCGGCGUCGACGGCGCGCGGAAGGAGUGGCUGCUCGUCGACGAGGCGGGCCGCGACGUGCUGGCGACGCCGGGCAAGCACUACCUGCCCGGCGGCGCGAGGGCCUGGCGCCUCGUCCGCCGCGAGUUCCGCUACUGGGCCGUCGGCGACGCCGCGGAGACGCGCGCGGACGAGCCGGGCUUCUGGGCCCGCGGCGAGCGCGGCAAGGUCGUCGGCGUCGACGGGCCCGACGAGGAGCGGCCCGUGCGCUGGCGCCGCUUCCGCGACGGCAAGAUCUUCGACGUCGGCGCCUGGCGGCUCCGCCGCGCGGCGGGCGCCGACGUCGCCGCGGCGGCGGGCGCCGACGUCGCCGCGGCGGGCGACGCGGGCGACGACGUCCGGCCCUGGCAGAUCGUGGGCAUCAUGUCGCGGGAACGGCUCGACGAGCUCCUCGAGCAGAAGCGGCAGUACGACGAGGACGCGGCCCGCGCGCGGCGCCGCGGCGGCGGCGGCGCCGCGACGGAGGCCGUCGCCUUCCUCCCGGCCGCGUCCGCCGGCGCGGGGCUCGUCGCCGACGCGGAAGCCUGCGCGGCGGACCGGGCGCGCGCGGCGCCGGGGGGCGCGCGGGCCGCCGCGGACCUCUGCCGCGACGGCGACUUCGACGGCGCCGACGCGCUCCUCGCGCCGGCGGACGGGCCGGGGCCGCCGCGCGACGGCGAGUUCUGGGCCGCGUCGAGCUUCUGCGCGCGGCGGCGGGGCGACUUCGCCGGCGCCGCGGACCUCGCGCGCGAAGGGGCCGUCGCGCGGCGGACGGGCGGGCGGCGCGACGCCGGCCGCGGCGCGGCGCUCCUCGAGCUCGCCCUGGCGUCCUUAGACCUGGGCCUUCCCUGCGACGCGCUCGACGCGCUGGAGGCGCUCUACGCGCUCGACCGGACGUUCCCGGGGCUGGGCACGUGGCUCCUGCGCUGCCACGCGCGCGCGCGCGCCGCGCCGUGCUGCGCGCGCGCCGCGGCGACGGACCUGUGCGUCGGGCAGCGCGUCGCGACGACGGCGGCGCUCGACGGCUUCUGGGCCGCGGGCGACGCCGCGACGGUCGUCGGCGUCGCCGCGCCCGGGGCGCCCAUCGCGCUGCGGAUGGCGCGGUCCGGCCGCCUCAUCGACGUCCAGCGCGACCGCGUCGUCGCCGUCGCCGACGACGGCGAAAUCGGCGCGCCGGGGGGCGAGCCGCCCUUCGACCCCUACGCGGCCCUCGGCGUCGCCUGCGACUUCUCGCCCGAGGAGCUCCGGCGCGCCUACCGCUCCGCGUCGCGCGACGCGCACCCGGACAAGGAGGGGGGGUCGCAGGCCAAGUUCACGGCCGUCGCGCGCGCCUACGAGGUCCUCGGCGACGACCGGCGCCGGGCCGACUUCGACGCGGGCCUCGACCUCCCGGGCGAGCGGGCCCAGGGCUUCACGCUCGCCGAGGAGCUCCGGACGCACUACUUCCCGGAGCUUCGACCCUUCUGGCCCUUCGGCGACCCCCAGGAGAACCGGCGGGACCAGGAGGCGCGCGACGCCGCGCAGGCGGAGCGCGCGAAGAAGUCCUGGUGGUAA